AGGGGACCCGGCGCCCAGGGCCUCCCGGGGGGGCGCCCAGUCGCCUGCAGUCGUCUUUCUCUGCCCUCGGUUUUCUCAUCUGUCAAAGAGAGCAAAGAGAAAACCCGGCGCGGUGACGCACGCCUGUCAUCCCAGAAGUUGGGAAGCAGAGACAGGUGGAUUGCCAUGAGUUCGAGGUCAGCUUGCGCGACCUAGCGUGACCCCCGCCUCAAAAGGAAAAACAAAAUAGAGAGAGAAGGAACGAGCGAGAGAGUGCAUAGUAGGUAGAGAUGAACUAGGCUGGGAUCCAGGCUCCCAACUGUUCAGUGCAGAACGAUAACACCUAUUUAUCAGCAGGGAAACUGAGGCCCAGGGAGUCGGACUGCCUUGUUGCAGGGACAUACACUCUUAAGUAAGAUAGCAGCUGGGACUUGAACUCGAAGCUGUUUCCUGUAAAGCGCUGUCCCCGCAGUCAUGGAUGUUUGAUUAGAGCUCCCUAAAAUAAACAAGUAUCUCUGCAGAGCAUUUUGAAGCUGAGAGUAACAGAGCGUUGAAAACGUCUCAGAAAGCUUUUUGAUUUUUACCCUCCUCUGUGUUAUUAAUUAUACUCUGGGAGAUGGCUGUAGGGGAGAGAACCGGAAACAUAUCCGCAUUGAACAGAUGGGACGACUGAGGCCUAAAGGGAAGUCAUUGCAUUUUGCAGGUUGGUCUGUCAGGAGGAAAUAUAUGCCCAAGCGCAUGGGUGUUUUAUGUUUUGGUUUGCUUUUUUUGUGUCUCUGUGGGGUUUUUGGAUUUUUGGUGUUUUUUUUUUUCUUUCCAAUUACAGCGGGAGGAGUUGACAGUGGUGACAGGGAGUCGGUACACAAGCAUUUGGAGUUUAAUAGGUCCGAGUUGGGGAGGUAGACAAGGUGGAACUUAGGACCUGAGCGACUUGAAGUUUCUCGGAGCUGGAGCCCUAAACCGGCGCUGGAACCAUCCUCCACUCCUGCGAAGGGGGCGGGGCCCGGGAGAGUGACAGGGGCAGUCGAAAUACGGAAGCGAGGGUCCUCCAAGACAGACCAGAGCGGCCCUAUUGGGCCAGCGUGGCGCCGUGUAGCGCUAGACCAGCCUGCAGGAGGAGUGGAGUUGCCGAGGCCGGAGAGUGUAGAGGGCGGGCUAGAGCGGCCGGAGGGAGGAGUGGAGCUGGACGCAAAGGCGGCCUCUGGCUCGGCUAGAGCGACUCUGCGGCGCGGGUGGGGGAACCUGGAGCUCGAGCGCGGUUCCUGAGGCUGCAGUGGCUUGCUUCUCUUCCCAUCCGACAGCCCCGUGGAGUCCUGGAGAUGGGAGAAGUCGCCGGAGGGGCGGCCCCAGGGCCUCCCCGGUCUGGCCUGGUGUCCAUCAUCAUCGGGGCUGAGGAUGAGGACUUUGAGAAUGAACUGGAGGCGAACCCAGAAGAUCAAAACAGCCAGUUCCAGAGCCUGGAGCAAGUGAAGCGUCGCCCAGCCCACCUCAUGGCCCUCCUGCAACACGUGGCCCUGCAGUUCGAGCCAGGACCACUGCUCUGCUGCCUGCAUGCUGACAUGCUAAGCUCACUGGGCCCCAAAGAAGCCAAGAAGGCCUUCCUCGAUUUCUAUCACAGUUUCCUGGAGAAGACUGCGGUUCUGCGGGUGCCGGUCCCUCCCAGCGUUGCUUUUGAACUUGAUCGUACUCGGCCUGAUCUCAUCUCUGAGGAUGUCCAGAGGCGGUUCAUACAAGAGGUGGUACAGAGCCAGCAGGCAGCCGUGACCCGUCAGCUAGAGGACUUCCGCUCCAAACGGCUCAUGGGCAUGACACCCUGGGAGCAGGAACUGAGCCUGCUAGAGCCCUGGAUUGGGAAAGACCGGGGCAACUAUGAGGCCCGGGAGCGGCAUGUUGCAGAGCGGCUGCUCUCCCACCUAGAGGAAAUGCAACAUACCAUCUCCACAGAUGAAGAAAAAAGUGCUGCUGUGGUCACUGCAAUCAGCCUGUAUAUGCGCCACCUUGGGGUCCGGACCAAGAGUGGGGACAAGAAGUCAGGGAGGAACUUCUUCCGGAAAAAGGUGAUGGGGAAUCGGCGGUCAGACGAGCCCCCCAAGACAAAGAAAGGGCUGAGCAGUAUCCUAGAUCCUGCCCGCUGGAACCGGGGAGAGCCAUCUGCUCCAGACUGUCGACAUCUAAAGGUCGAGGUUGAUGAGAAGCCAGGCCCUGCAGACCGGAAGGGAAGCCUGGGUAUUUCAUCUCGGGACAGGACUGUUGGGACUCCUGGGCAGGACAACCCAGGAGUCUCCCUGCACCCUCUGUCUGUAGACAGCCUGGAUUCCCGGGAACCAGGUGUGGAUACCCCGCAGGAGCCAGGAGAUACACCCCCACAAGGCCCUACAAGCCUGGAGCCCCUGGCACCCCCAGAGAGCACAGAGGACAAUGGCGAGACUGAAAGGCUAUCAGGGCGUCUGGGGCGCUCAGAGAGCCUGCGGGUGAGUGACCGCCGCCGGCCUUCCCGGGGCAGCCUCGGGGCUAAGGGCCGGGGUGGGGGCCGUUCCCGGAGCGACGUGGACAUGGACCCAGGCUCUGCCACGGCCGUGCUUGGCCCUACCCGACGAGCCACCCCUGAGCCUGGAGAUGAUGGAGAGCCAGGGCGGUCAGGCCUGGAACAGGAACCAGAAGAACCUCCUGGGUGGAGGGAACUGGUGCCCUCAGACACCCUGCUCGGCCUGCCCAAGAACCAAGUGAAGCGGCAAGAGGUCAUCAGUGAGCUGCUGGUGACGGAGGCGGCUCACGUCCGCAUGCUACGGGUACUACAUGACCUCUUCUACCAGCCCAUGGCAGAAGGGGGCUUCUUCCCUCUGGAGGAACUGCAGAACAUCUUUCCCAGCCUGGAUGAGCUCAUCGAGGUGCACUCCCUGUUCCUCGAUCGCUUGAUGAAGCGGAGACAAGAGAGUGGCUACCUCAUUGAGGAGAUUGGUGAUGUGCUACUGGCCCGGUUCGAUGGUGCUGAGGGCUCAUGGUUCCAGAAGAUCUCUUCCCGCUUCUGCAGCCGCCAGUCAUUCGCUCUAGAGCAGCUCAAAGCCAAGCAGCGCAAGGAGCCUCGAUUCUGUGCCUUUGUGCAGGAAGCUGAGAGCCGCCCCCGCUGCCGGCGGCUGCAGUUGAAGGACAUGAUCCCCACUGAGAUGCAGCGGCUGACCAAGUACCCACUGCUGCUGCAGAGUAUUGGGCAGAACACAGAAGAGCCUGCCGAGCGGGCAAAGGUGGAACUUGCAGCUGAGUGCUGCCGUGAGAUUCUGCACCACGUUAAUCAAGCUGUCCGUGACAUGGAGGACCUGCUGCGGCUCAAGGAUUACCAGCGGCGCCUGGACUUGACUCACCUGCGGCAGAGCAAUGACCCAAUGCUGAGCGAGUUCAAGAACCUGGAUAUCACUAAGAAGAAGUUGGUCCAUGAAGGCCCCCUCACGUGGCGACUAACCAAAGACAAAGCUGUAGAGGUCCACGUGCUAUUGCUGGACGACCUGCUGCUGCUGCUCCAGCGCCAGGAUGAGAGGCUGCUGCUCAAGUCACACAGCCGGACGCUGACACCCACACCCGACGGCAAGACCAUGCUGCGGCCUGUGCUCCGGCUCACCUCUGCCAUGACCCGGGAGGUGGCCACUGAUCACAAAGCUUUUUACGUCAUUUUUACCUGGGACCAGGAGGCCCAGAUAUAUGAGCUGGUGGCACAGACAUCGUCGGAACGCAAGAGCUGGUGUGCCCUCAUCACAGAGACUGCCGGAUCCCUGAAGGUCCCUGCCCCUGCCUCCCGCCCCAAACCCCGGCCCAGCCCAAGCAGCACCCGAGAACCCCUGCUCAGCAGCUCUGAGAAUGGCACUGGAGGCACAGAGGCCGCUCCAGCUGAUGCCCGGACAGAGCGGAUCCUCAACGACCUCCUGCCCUUCUGCAGACCAGGCCCAGAGGGCCAGCUUGCUGCCACAGCCCUCCAGAAAGUACUGUCCCUGAAACAGAUCCUGUUGAGCACUGAGGAAGACAGUGGAGCAGGGCCUCCCCGCGAUGGGGAUGGGGUGCCUGGUGGUGGUGCCCCAGGCCCAACACACACCCAGGAGGUUGAGGAAAACCUGUUGAGCCUAGAAGUGGUCAUCAAACAACUGGAGGAGUUAGAAGAGGAAUUUUGUCGCCUAAGACCCUUCCUGUCUCAGCUUGGGGAGAUUCUGUCCCCCAACCUGGCUGCACCUGAGCGCUCUGCUCAGACAGGCCUUUCAUGAAGAGAAGAAUGGGGGAGAGGAUGCAAGGGGCCCCCAAGCCCCACAGCUUCCAUAGCAUCACACCCCAGGGGCUUUGAGAAGAGGAGAUUGGCUGAACUUGAUAGUGGACCUGCUCGGGUCCCUGCCUCCCACCCUGGCCUCUGCCUUUCUCCCUCCUGCCUUCUGCUUGGGGGACUCAGGACUUCACUUCCAGAGUACCCUCAUAAUCCCCAUUUUUCAGGCCACCUCAGUAUUGCCUAUGGGGAGGGGUCACCCCUCCAUUCCCUACCCCAAGUGCCUUUGCUGUUUUUAUAUCCUGAAUUGGAGGUUUAUUUUUAAUAUAUAUUAUCUAAGGUGA